AUGUCUGGACACAGCGAAGUUCCUCCUCCCAGCGAUGUUAUUGCCAGUACCACCGCCCAAAGCCAAGACAAUUUGAGCUCUACGGUCCCAUACGCAGCCAGCGUUGUGACCGAGAUCUCCCGUGAUAUAUUUACCGCGCCAGAUGGCUCCGCUCUUAUCCAUGCCUGCAACUGCAAGGGAGUGUGGGGUGCCGGUAUCGCCAGUGAGUUCCGAGAUCAAUACCCCGCCGCUUACGAGAUCUACCGCAGCCAUUGCCAGCAACACGCCGAGAACAGACAGACCUACCUCAUUAUGGAUAUCGACUCUCACAGUGAGAAUAACACUGUGGAGGUCCGUCGCCCUCUUGGUACCGCCCUCAUUAUCUUACCCCAACAAAGCGAUAUGACCAUCCAUGGCCGUCGGCACUGGAUCGUUUGUCUGUUCACUUCUCAUGGCUACGGCCGCCACGCCAUGUCGCGGGAGAUGAUUUUGAACGCGACGUGGUCAGCCCUGCAUGAUAUGCAGAGGAAAGUGUACCAGAUUAACCAACAUGAUGGCCCUGGGGGGCAGAUUCAGGGUCUACAUGCCUGCCGUUUCAACUCCGGCUUGUUUGGCGUGCCGUGGGCUAGAACCCGCCGCUUGAUUGACCAGAUGAGCAUUCGAAUGGUGGUGCAUGCACCGGGAAGAAUGGCCUAUGCUUCUCGCAGAGGUGUAUGUGGGAGUAUGCGUGGAGGUGUGCGCCGUGGUCGCCGUGGCCGCCGUGGCCAGAGUACUGGGCAUAACUAA